AAAUUUCUGUUUCCUCAAAGCACUCAGAAUCCAUCAAUCCUCUAUUUUUAGCAGUGCUUCAGCUUAGAAAUCGCAAUUCAAUUGAAGUCCAUCCCCAAACUUGGAGGUCUAAAAAUAGAUUACCAAAAAAAUUAUGGUCUAAAACUCAGCCAAAAUUCCCGUGAAAUAUCAACCGUUCGCUCCUUAUAAGAACCCUUCCCUCCGUUUGUCUCUAUAAGCAGCCUUGGGCUUCCAAGGAAGAACAAUAAGGUACUGUACAAUAGUAAUAAUAAUAUGCCAAACAGCAUCAAACACAUUAAGGCCUCCGGCUGCUUCUAUUUCUUAAUUUUAUUUUCUUCCUUCUCAAUAAUUUCUCAUGCUCUUACGGAUGCUGAGGCAUCUUUUAUUGCUCGUCGUCAGCUGUUGACACUCCCUAAAGAUGGAAAACUACCGAUUCCUGAGUUCGAGAUAGGACUUGAUAAACAGUUUGAAAACGAUAGGCUAAAGAAGGCGUAUGUGGGGCUUCACGCCUUCAAGAAGGCCAUCUACUCCGACCCUUUUAACACGACCGGUAAUUGGGUUGGACCAGAUGUGUGCUCAUAUACUGGUGUGUUUUGUACACCGGCGAGUGAUGACCCCAAGAUCAGAGUUGUUUCUGGUAUUGAUCUUAAUCAUGCUGACAUUGCUGGGUAUUUCCCGGCUGAGCUCGGGCUCUUGACAGAUCUUGUGCUGUUCCACAUAAACACUAACAGGUUCUGUGGAAUCAUUCCAAUGAGCAUGUCAUCCCUGACCUGUCUUGUUGAGUUUGAUAUCAGCAACAAUCGUUUCGUUGGUCCUUUCCCGAAAGUUGUUCUGUACUGGAAAAAGCUCAAGUAUCUUGAUAUCCGAUUUAAUGAUUUUGAAGGCGAGCUGCCUCCUGAGGCCUUUGAGCUGCCACUUGAUGUAUUUUUCAUCAACAACAACAGGUUCUCGUCUUGCAUUCCGGAUACAAUCGGAAAAUCAAAUGUAUCUGUUGUUGUAUUUGCUCAUAACAGGUUCUCUGGUAGCAUUCCCACAAAUCUUACCAAGAUGAAAAACUUGGCUGAGAUUCUCUUAAUUGACAAUCAACUUGGAGGUUGUCUGCCACAAGAAUUCGGAGAGCUUUGCAAUUUGACUGUAUUUGAUGUUACCUUCAACAAUCUCUCGGGAAGUUUGCCUAAGAGCUUUAAAGAGCUGAAAAAUCUUCAGAUAUUGGACCUUUCACAUAAUCAACUAAUAGGUAAUGUGUCAGAGGAGAUCUGCAAGCUACCGAAACUGUCGAAUUUCACAUUCAAUGAUAAUUAUUUCGAGGGAGUGAGUAAAGAAUGCAGUUCCGGGAAGAACUUUGUGAUGAAUGAUACAAACAACUGUUUGGCUGAUAGGCCUGAGCAGAGAAUGCCAAAUAUAUGCUCUGUGGACCGAAAUGUGGAUUGCAACGCGAUCUAUGAGAGGUGUGGCGGCUCUGUGCCACCUCCAUUCCAUACACCUGUUCCCAAGCCAGCUGCACCUACUGUGCCAUCACCUGAUCCACAUAAGCAAUCUCCAGUGAAGCCUGCAAAGCCUAUACCGCCAACCUCUGAUCCUCAACCGUCAAAACCAGUAGCUCCUCAGCCACCGAAACAAGCGCCGCUACCUCCACCACCAACAAAUCAGUGGUGGCCAUGGACACCAAAACCACCAACACAGGCACCACCUAAGCCAUCAUCUCCAAUUCCUCAGCCACCAAAACAGUCCACUCCGGUGCCAUCGUCACCAAAGCCUGUGGUUGAGCCACCGAAACAGUCCACUCCGGUGCCACCAUCACCAAAGCCCGUGGUUGAGCCACCGAAACAGUCCACUCCGGUGCCACCGUCGCCAAAGCCUGUGGUUGAGCCGCCAAAACAGUCCACUCCAGUGCCACCAUCGCCAAACCCUGUAGUUGAGCCACCAAAGCCCGUGGUUGAGCCACCAAAACAGUCCACCCCCGUGCCACCAUCACCAAAGCCCGUGGUUGAGCCGCCAAAACAGUCCACUCCAGUGCCACCGCCACCAAAGCCUGUAGUUGAGCCACCAAAACAGUCCACUCCGGUGCCACCGCCACCAAAACCCGUGGUUGAGCCACCAAAACAGUCCACUCCGGUGCCACCUCUGCCAAAGCCCGUGGUUGAGCCACCAAAACAGUCCACUCCGGUGCCACCUCCGCCAAAGCCCGUGGUUGAGCCACCAAAACAGUCCACUCCGGUGCCACCCUCCUGCCAAAGCCCGUGGUUGAGCCACCAAACAGUCCACUCCGGUGCCACCUCCCCAACCCGUGAAACCACCGGCUCCAUCAAAACCUUUGGCACCACACCAACACCCGCUCCAGUGGCACAACCAUCAAAGCCGCCGACACCUGCACCAACAGCAACACCAUCAAAACCACCGGCUCCAGUGCCACAACCAUCAAAGCCGCCUACACCAACACCAACACCAACACCAGAGAAAGUGGCUCCAUCAAAACCUUCAGCACCCAACACCAACACCGACACCCACACUAUCAAAUCCACCGGCACCAACACCUACACCAACACCAACCCAUCAAAACCACCGGCUCCAGUGCCACAACCAUCAAAGCCGCCAACGCCUACACCUACACCAACACUAUCAAGGCCACCAGCUGCAGUGCCACAACCAUCAAAACCGCCAACACCAACACCGGCACUGACACCUGAACCAGUAAACCCACCAGCUCUAUCAAAACCUUUUGCACCUACACCUACACCAACACCAUCAUCUCCAGCGCCACAACCGCCAACUCCAACUCCAACACCUACACCAACACCUGAGCCAUCAAAACAAACCCCGCCUCCACAGCCACCAGCAGUACCGGCUCCACCCCCACGUGUCCAGUCCCCACCACCUCCUCCAGUAGACACCAUACCACCACCUCAAAACCAAACUACACCUCCGCCACAAGUACAGGCUCCAUCCCCCCGUGUACAAUCCCCACCACCGCCUCCUCCCACACAGGCUCCACCCCCACAAGUCUACUCACCGCCACCACCGGUCAAAUUAGCACCUCCAACCCCAACCGCAACUCCGACCCCAACCCCGCCAACGGGCUCUCCUCCGCCAAAAACAGUGGCUCCCCCGACAGAUGAAGAUGACGUCCCACUCCCGCCAAACAUUGGAGCUCAGUAUCAUUCACCACCUCCGCCAAUAUUCCAAGGCUAUUAAGGCGGCACUUCUCUGAAAGGCUUGCACUUCAACUAAUGCAACGUCAAUAUAUGCUCUAUUAGUUGAUGAACUCCUCAACUUAAGGGAUUUGUUCUUUUCUCUUGUAUUAACUGACGAGCGGAGAAGUUUUUGAGAAGUUUUUGUAAUAAUAUGAUUCAUUAUUCAUUAAUGGGUAAUAUAUGAUUUUUUUUA